AUGUUGAUGGCCGCCUAUCGUGUGCCGGUUGUAUGUAGUAGUAGUGGCCUACUAUUUGGUGUCAAACCAUCUAAUAAAUUAGGUAUACAUAAGCAAACAGUAGCCGACGGUUAUUUAAAUUCAUUGCCGGAUAAUUGGUUUGACCAACGAGUCGAUCAUUUUAAUACUAGUGAUACCCGUACUUUCAAACAGAGAUACUUUGUAAACGAUAAAUAUUACAAAACGGGUGGACCAGUAUUUUUGCUGGUAGACGGCGAAAAUGAGGCCAACGAUUAUUUUAUAACAUUGGGUGCCUGUGCCAGGUAUGCCGAAAAAUUUAACGCACUAACAGUAGAUCUUGAGCACCGAUACUAUGGUCAAUCGGUACCGACUGAGGACCUAUCAGUGGAUAAUUUACAAUACCUGACCGUUGAACAGGCGCUCAAAGAUAUUGAACAGUUUGUCGGAUAUAUGAAUAGAAAGUUAUCACUGAAUACUAAAAAUACAAAAUGGAUAGCAUUUGGCGGAUCGUAUGCUGGAAAUCUGGUCGCCUGGCUUCGGGAAAAAUACCCGCAAGCAGUGGCCGGUUCGGUGGCCAGUAGUGCACCGGUUGAGGCGCGCUAUGAUUUUAAAGAGUAUUUUGGCGGUGUUAGCCAUGUGUUGGGCGCCGACUGCACUAAUCAGAUCAGUGAGGCUGUCCAUCAAUUGGAUGACCAGUUGAAAACAACACCACCAGAGGAGGGCUGGCAUACCAUUGACAAAUUGUUUAAUUUGUGUACACCAUUGAUGGGUACCGACUUAAAUACAGUACACAGCCUAAAGUUAAGUUUGAUUAUAACGUUUGGUGUGGCCGCACAAUAUAAUAGCCGACCCGGUACACUGGGUAUUGAUCAGGCAUGUAGUUUGAUGAUGACUACCACCAACGAUACUGGUGUUGUUGGGUCGACAACACCAACAACAACACCGUUAAAAAGGUUGGCAACAGUCCAGUCUAAGUACAAUUCAAUACAUUUGGAUAAUUGUGUAGACUAUGACUACAAUAAGUCAAUUAAUGACUUAAAACAAACGUCAAAAACAGCGACAAAAGUCAAAUCCGGUGUACGUCAAUGGUUUUACCAGGCAUGCACCCAGUUAGGUUUUUUUGUGACCACUGACCUAGCGGACAGUCCCUUCGGCAACCAAUCCGUACCCAUUGAUUACUAUCAGAAAUGGUGUGCCGCUAUUUACGGUCCAUAUAUUACCGGGGAGUUUAUCCAGACUCGGGUCAACCGUACUAAUGCCAACUAUGGUGGCCUGAAUCCAGGGUCGGACCUAACAAACGUUGUGUUUGUUAACGGAGCUGUCGAUCCCUAUCAUGUACUGAGUAUAGUCAACGACCUAAACAACAACAAUCAGUCUAUACGAGCUAUACUAAUGAACAGUACCUCUCACGGGACGGAUAUGUUAGGCCCGUUGGCCAGUGAUUCACAGGAACUGAUCGACGGACGGCUGGCCAUCGAAAAACAAAUACAAUUCAUAAGCACCUGUAUUAGUGAUGAAAAUACUAGACUACUAGUAAUUGGUGAUCAACCGAUGCUACCCAAGUAUAAUAGUAUGUUUCAAUUGCCAAUUGCCGACAAAUAUGUUAAUACAUUACCCGAUAAUUGGUUUGACCAACGAGUCGAUCACUUUAACACUAGCGAUACCCGUACUUACAAACAGCGUUACUUUAUAAACAAUAAAUUUUACAAAACUGGUGGACCAGUAUUUCUAAUGUUGGACGGAGAAGCUGAAGGAACUGACUAUUUUGCAACUGCCGGUGCAAUGGCCCGGUAUGCCCAACGAUUUGGUGCAUUAGCUGUAGAACUGGAACAUCGAUUCUAUGGCCAGUCGAUACCGACCGAGGAUCUAUCGGUUGAUAAUUUGCGAUACCUGACCGUUGAACAGGCACUCAAAGAUACAGAUGAAUUUAUCCGGUAUUUGAACGGAAAGUUAUCGCUGAACAGUACGAGUAAAUGGAUAGUAUUUGGCGGUUCGUAUUCGGGAUCAUUGGCCGCCUGGUUUCGUGAGAAAUAUCCGCAUUCAGUGGCCGGUUCGGUGGCCAGUAGUGCACCGGUUGAUGCACUCUAUGAGUUCAAAGACUAUUUUGGUGACGGCAAACUGUUUGGCACCGAUUGCACCGAUCAGAUCAGAGAAGCUGUUCGCCAAUUGUAUGAUCAAUUGAAGACACCGGAGGGCUGUCAGGCCAUUAGCAAACAAUUCAAUUUGUGUACGCCAUUGAACGGGACAGUUAUGGAUUCGGUACACGCCAUGAUGCUAGCAUUGGUCGGACCGUUUGGUGUGGCCGCACAAUACGAUGGCCGGCCAGGUAUACUAGGGCUGCGUGAAGUUUGCUCAGUGAUGACCAACCGGUCGACACCCAUACCAUUGGACCGGUGGGCGAAAUUGAGGAAACAGUUUGCCAGUGGUCGGUGUAUUGAUCACGACUACAAUCAUAGUAUCGAUGGUAUGAGAAAUACAUCAAAAACAUCGCCUUUUGUUAAAACUGGCGAUCGCCAAUGGUUUUACCAAAUGUGCGCUGAGUUUGGCUUUUUUAUGACCACUGGCCUCGAGGACAGUCCGUUCGGCUAUAACUCGAUUCCGUUGGAAUUUUUUACUAAACAAUGUAUGGAUAUCUAUGGCAAACAGUUUAGCCCAGAGUUCAUACAGACGGCCGUUAAUAGGACUAACCGUUUAUAUGGAGGUUUCAAACCGGACGUCACUAAUGUUGUGUUUCCUAACGGUGCUGUCGAUCCGUGGCAUUUGAGAAGUGUAUUGUCGGAUCUGAAUCCGACUACCCGUGCUAUUUACAUGAAAAGUACAUCCCAUGGGGCAGAUAUGUUGCAACCGUUUCCCAAUGAUCCCAAGGAGCUGACCGAUGCCCGGCUGGCUAUUGAAAAACAGUUGCAAUUGUUUUUGCAAUAA